AUUUGUGGAACGUCUACGUUCUCGAACUCUCUCAGCUGGACGUAUAUAAGCGCCACUGGCGUAACGCACGCGCUAGUUACGGAUCUCUCAAAGUGACAGUUGAGGAGAGAAAUCUCUCAGCGUACAGGAGCUAAUUCACUUUAAUAAAUCGCUUAAAGAUGCCCGAGGCACAUGACCAGCCCAUGGAGGAGGAGGCCGAGACCUUUGCCUUUCAGGCUGAGAUUGCUCAGCUGAUGUCUCUGAUCAUCAACACCUUCUAUUCCAACAAAGAGAUCUUCCUCAGAGAGCUCAUCUCCAACUCCUCAGAUGCUUUGGACAAAAUCCGCUAUGAGAGUCUCACAGACCCGAGCAAGCUGGACUCAGGAAAAGACCUCAAAAUCGAAAUCAUUCCCAACAAACAAGAUCGCACACUGACUAUAAUCGACACCGGCAUCGGCAUGACCAAAGCUGACCUCAUCAAUAACCUGGGCACCAUUGCCAAAUCCGGCACGAAGGCCUUCAUGGAGGCCCUGCAGGCCGGAGCGGACAUUUCAAUGAUCGGUCAGUUCGGUGUGGGUUUCUAUUCCGCCUACCUGGUGGCCGAGAAAGUCACGGUCAUCACCAAACACAACGAUGACGAGCAGUACGCGUGGGAGUCGUCUGCAGGUGGAUCGUUCACCGUUAAAGUGGACAGCUGUAAGUCCGAGCCCGUCGGCCGUGGCACAAAAGUGAUCCUGCAUCUGAAGGAGGAUCAGACGGAGUACAUCGAAGAGCGGCGAAUCAAAGAGAUCGUGAAGAAGCACUCGCAGUUCAUUGGCUACCCCAUCACGCUCUUUGUCGAGAAGGAGCGCGACAAGGAGGUGAGCGACGAUGAGGCAGAGGAGGAGGAGAAGGAGAAAGAAAAGGAGGAAGAGGAGGGUGAGAAGGACGAGGACAAGCCCGAGAUCGAAGACGUGGGCUCAGACGACGAGGACCACGAUGACAAGAGCUGCGACAAGAAGAAGAAAAAGAAGAAGAUCAAGGAGAAGUACAUCGACCAGGAGGAGCUCAACAAGACCAAGCCUCUGUGGACCCGCAACCCCGAUGACAUCACCAACGAGGAGUACGGCGAGUUCUACAAGAGCCUGACCAACGACUGGGAGGACCACCUGGCCGUCAAGCACUUUUCAGUGGAAGGUCAGCUGGAGUUCCGCGCGCUGCUCUUUGUGCCUCGUAGAGCUCCGUUCGAUCUCUUUGAGAACAAGAAGAAGAAGAAUAACAUCAAGCUGUACGUGCGCAGGGUCUUCAUCAUGGACAACUGCGACGAGCUCAUCCCAGAGUACCUCAACUUCAUUAAGGGUGUUGUGGACUCUGAGGAUCUGCCACUGAACAUCUCCAGAGAGAUGCUUCAACAGAGCAAGAUCCUGAAAGUGAUCCGCAAGAACCUGGUCAAGAAGUGUCUGGAGCUCUUCACUGAACUCGCCGAGGACAAAGACAACUACAAGAAGUUCUACGAGCAGUUCUCCAAGAACAUCAAGCUGGGCAUCCAUGAAGAUUCUCAGAACAGGAAGAAACUCUCGGAGUUGCUUCGCUACUACACAUCUGCUUCUGGAGACGAGAUGGUGUCCCUCAAAGAUUACGUCACUCGCAUGAAGGACACCCAGAAGCACAUCUACUACAUCACUGGUGAGACCAAAGAUCAGGUGGCCAAUUCGGCCUUUGUGGAGCGCCUGCGCAAAGCCGGUCUGGAGGUGAUCUACAUGAUCGAGCCCAUCGAUGAGUACUGUGUACAGCAGCUGAAGGAGUUCGAGGGCAAGAACCUGGUGUCGGUGACCAAAGAGGGUCUGGAGCUUCCCGAGGAUGAGGAUGAGAAGAAGAAGCAGGAAGAGAAGAAGGCCAAGUUCGAAAACCUGUGCAAGAUCAUGAAGGACAUCCUGGAGAAGAAAGUUGAGAAGGUCACCAUCUCAAACCGUCUGGUGUCUUCACCGUGCUGCAUCGUCACGAGCACAUACGGCUGGACGGCCAACAUGGAGAGGAUCAUGAAGGCUCAGGCCCUGAGAGACAACUCCACCAUGGGAUACAUGGCCGCCAAGAAGCAUCUUGAAAUCAACCCAGACCAUCCCAUCGUCGAGACCCUGCGACAAAAAGCAGAAGCCGACAAGAACGACAAAUCUGUGAAAGAUCUGGUGAUCCUGCUGUUCGAGACGGCGCUGCUCUCCUCGGGCUUCACGCUGGACGACCCACAAACACACUCCAACCGCAUCUACAGGAUGAUCAAACUCGGCUUAGGCAUCGACGAGGACGAUCUGUCCACAGAAGAGCCCAGCUCUGCUCCGGUCGAGGACAUGCCGCCCCUUGAAGGAGACGAUGACACAUCUCGCAUGGAGGAGGUCGACUGAUAACGCGGCCUUCGCUAGUUCAUGUUUGUAGCUCUGUAAAAAGAUUUAAUGUUCAGAUUAUCUAUUGUUCUUGUUCUUGACCACAUUGCAGUUCCAGUUCAUUCCAGUUCAUUUUCAUUAUUUUUUGUAUUCUUUUGAGUUGUACAUUGACUUUUUUUUGUAUUUAAUAACAUUGCAUUGUUGAUUUUGAGUGUUUAUGGGAUGUAAAGUAUGACACUGAUACUGUAUUAUUGACAUGAUGGGAUCUUGAAAUAAAGUUUACCAUAUCAGGUCA